AUGAAUGACAGAGACUAUUCAUUGAAAGAGGAUGUACAGUUUGCUCAAGUACUGCCCUCUACCGCCACCGCCCCCGCCGCUGCCACUACCACCAUUCUCCGUCCGCACCAUAAUGCAACUGACAGCGACGACGACGACGACGACGCGGACGGUCCAUUCUUUGACUUAGAGUUCGCUGUUCCCGAUGAAGUUGAUGACCCCGAACAUUCUCAUGAAGACCCCAACGCCACCAUUAAUAAGCACUCUGACCAAGAAGAGGAAGAUGAAGAAGAAGACGACGACGACAACAUUGAAGAAUGCGAGAGAGAGUUCAAGUUUACGCUGUCUCCUUCAAGCAACGAUCGAGGCGAUGAUCCCAACCUUUCUCUCUCUCCUUCCGACGAUCUCUUCUUCAAAGGAAAGCUGGUGCAGGUGGACCCUUCCUCCUCCGAACCAAACUCCAAGCCUCCUCCUCCUCAGUUCACGGCCUCCUUGUUCAAAUCCGCCACCAAAUUACGCGUCUUCAGGUUGGGAGGCCUCAACAAGAAACCCAAGGACUCCAACAAUGGCGCCUCCUCCGACUCCGUUCCCAGAGAGACAGAGUCACAGCAGCAGAAGAAGCAGCAACCGUCGGAGAGAAAGCACUUCACGGUGAAGUUCAAAGUUGAAGAGGUGAAAAUCAUGUCUCUCUUCAGCAGAGAUAACAGUUCCAGAGGUAACAACAAGAAGCAUUCCAACUCGCACUCGCACAACCCGGAGGAGUCACCUUCUUCCUCCUCGGAAGAGAAGCGUUCUUCGAAGGAAGUCAUGAACAAGUAUCUCAAGAUGGUGAAGCCACUCUACAUUAGAGUCUCUCGUAGAUACGGUGAUAAACUUGGCUUCUCCGGCCACCUAAGCUUGAGUUCUGCUGCUGAUAAACCUGCUCCGCCGCCGAGAGACACGCCGGAGAAGAAAGGAUCUCCGUCUAAGGCGGCAGCGGAAUCCGAUGCCGGCGAGAACAGAGAAACCAACACGAAGACCGAGAAGCAGGGGAAUAAUGUGCAUGAGCCGCUGCUCCGGCGGCUUCGGUGUCUUCGAAACGGCGUGAUGAUUCUCUUUUGCAGCAACAGGACGGGAUUCAAGGCGCCAUUAUGCACUGCAAGAGAUCCUUCAACGCUUCAAGAUCAGAGAGCGAGUGUUGUGGUGUGAGGGAGGAAGUGGCAAUGGCAAUGGCCUCCGCCUUGGAAGCUUCAAGGAAGUCUACGAAUGAAGGCAAGGACAAAAGUCGUUGAAAAUUACUGUAACCCUCUCAUGUCUGUAAAAAUGUGAAAACGUUGCUGUAUGCUCAAUUACUUUCUUAUCUCUAUGUUAAUUAAUUAAUUUAUUAUUAAUUAUUAUUAACUAGUGUAGUUAAGAGAGAAGGAUGAGAAUGAAUGAAUGAGGCUCUUUUGCCAAUAGUUCAGUGGCUCUCUGUCUUUUUUGUUCCCUUGUUAGUGUAAACUGUAAAGCUCUUCUUUCUGAGAAAGUGAAAGAAGAAUCAGAUCUUUUCUAUGUGUACCUAUGUUUUUCUUUUUUUUUUUU